GCGUCAAGAAGCAGCUCGGCCGCAAGGGUGCUCCGAGCAGGGCGCGCACGGUGGGCUACCUCAAGGGCAGGUCGAGGGCCACGGCCAGGGCAGCGGGGAACCAGAGUCCGGUCCACAUGCCGGACCUCCCCGAGGGCUCCAAGAUCGAAGCCAACUGGGACAUGACGCCGGACCUGUGGCACGACUCGGAGCUCCAGGGGAUCGAUUACACGGGGAUCGAGAUGAGCGAGACCGAGAAACAGCUCUUAGCGGAGGGCGGCUUCCCCCUCGCCCCGGGUCAACAGGCCUGGAGGCAUUGGGCGCUCAAGCGUCUGAUGGUGCUGAGCUACUGCGUCGCCUCCCGCACGACGGCCCACCUCGCGCCUCUCGUCCCGAUGCCAACCGGAGAGUCCGACCUGGAGAUCUGCCAUCAUGCCGUGGAGCAUCGUUUGCGGAAGGAGAACCAGUACGCGAACUGGAUCACGCGCGGCAUUUGUCUGGCUCGGAUCAGCUACCACAGCAAGACCAAGGAGGAGCAGAUCGAUGCCAAGGUUCAGAAGGAGAUCAAGGCCAAGGUCGAGAUGAUACUGGCCGACGAGGGCCUGGUGGAGCCAGAGGAGCAGGAUGCGCCGGUCCGAGCGUUUCCCACCCGCAAGGCCCGUCAGCCCCCCAUCGAGUCGACUUACCCGGCCUUCCCGUUCUCGGACACGUGCCCCGGCCACCCGAACACGAUGUUCUGGAAGCCACCCCCGACGGCACCGCCGGCCAAGAAGGGGUCGACUCCGGCUGCGGUCAAGAGCCCGCCAGCCACGUCGCCUCUGGGCAAGAACCCCCACACCAGCCACAGCGACACUCUGCGCUUGCUACAGGACCAGGAGGCGAACCGCCAGGAGAUCAUGGAGUUCAUGCACGCUCAGAGGGCUCCGCAGGAGACGACCGAGAGGAAACUUCAGCAGACGACAGAGAAGUUCAACGAGCUCAUGGCCUGGCUCAAGAACAACAUGGGCGGCGGCUCCAGCGGCAGCAGCG